AUGACUGGUCAAGGUCAACCAGUUCGACUUUAUUCCAAAGGUCGUGUUCUUGGAUAUAAACGCUCUAAACGUAAUCAAUCACCUAAUACAACCUUAAUUAAAGUUGAGGGUGUCGCGAGUAGUAAAGAUACACAGUUUUACUUAGGUAAAAGAGUUGCUUAUGUGUAUCGUGCAAAGCGUGAGAAAAAUGGGAGUAAAAUUCGCGUCAUUUGGGGUCGGAUAACUAGGUCACAUGGUAACGGAGGUGUUGUAAAAGCAAGAUUCCGAAAAAAUCUUCCACCAAAAAGUUUUGGAGCAAGUGUCCGAAUUAUGUUGUAUCCAUCUCGAAUUUAA